AUUUUUAAGUUAAUAAUUUUAUUUGUUCGUUUAUUGUUAUCAAGAAAAAUUUUUCAGUAAAGAUAAGCCGAUAGAUAUUAAUGCGUCCCGGCCAGGUGUACAACAAUAAUUCUUAACAGAUUAUCGUCAUACAAGAUUGUAACGAUCGAUUUAUUCUACACUUUGUAAAUCAUAAGUAUUGUGACAAUUGUAUACCAUGACUCACUGUCAUUAACUAUCAUAUCAAAAAAAAUAUAUAUAUAUAUACUAUCAUUAACUUUAUCAAUUUCUAAUAAUUAUUCUUUUACAAUCGAAAUCGUCACAGUUAAAUCAAGCAUUUAAUAUUAGUUAUAACUUAUAACUAGUAAGUUUAACAACUUUUUAAAUUUAUUAUUAACAUCUGUUGCGUAUCUCAGUGCUAUUAGUUUUUUUAUCAUUAGAUUAUUAUUUUAUUAUUCGCGGUUCACGAGCGAAACCGAGCGGUUACGGAAAUAUUUACCAAUCAAUGUGUUAAGAUGCGUCACGUGGCAUUUAAAUUAGAUCGUAUUUAAAUUAAUAACUUUUGAUGUGUUUCAUGGAUUGAUAAAUAUACAAAUAGACAAUAAUCAUUGCCAAUAAAUUUAAUGAACUAACACUUGGUUGCAUACGGUUUAUUAAUUUUUUUUUAUCUCGCUUAGGCUUUAAAUUGAUUUAUAUCACCGAAAACACUCGACACAAUUUUAUCCAUUUUAAGAAUUGAUACGACCUUGGUGAUAGUUGGAAUAUUUUUUUCCCAGUAUAGCCAAGGCUAGUGGUCUGUCACAAUUGAGUACGAGCCUCAAGUUGUAAAAAGCUCUUUUUAAAUAAAAUAAUAUAUUAUUUUACAAUGUCGUCAAGGAAACCGAAUGCACAGUCGACUGUUUUAAGUGAUAAUGAUGAUGAUCCACACUGUAAUGCAAGUAAUAUAAUGAAGAACAAUAAUAAUUACAAACAAGAAAAAACUACUAAUAACAAUAGCAGUAAUAAGAUAGUUUAUACACCGAAAAUAAAAUGGCUGGACCUGAGCGCACAGAUAUUUAUUCACACCGGGUGUCUUUACGGACUUUACCUACUUUUAACAGAAGCGAAAUUACUUACGGGCCUAUGGGUAUUUAUCAUGAUACAAUUGUCUGGAUUUGGAAUAACUGCUGGAGCACACAGACUAUGGUCUCACAGAGCAUACAAAGCUAAAUGGCCACUGAGAUUGCUGUUGAUAUUUUUGUUUACAAUAGCAGGCCAAAGGCAUGUUUACGCGUGGGCACUGGAUCAUCGAGUCCAUCACAAAUACAGUGAAACAGAUGCUGAUCCACAUAAUGCAAAAAGAGGAUUUUUCUUUGCUCAUGUAGGCUGGUUAUUCAUCACACCUCAUCCAGACGCUGUCGCCAAACGCGAAGCUGUUGAUAUGAGCGAUCUUAUCGCUGAUCCUAUUGUCAUGUGGCAAAAAAAGUAUUACAUUCCACUAUUUGCAUUACUUUGCAUAGGGCUACCAGUUAUAGUGCCUUGGUACUUUUGGAAUGAGCCAUUGUGGACAUCAUUUUGGGUUAAUUUCAAUUUUCGCUUCUGCGUGACUUUGAAUAUUGCAUUUCUCGUUAAUAGUGUAGCGCACAUGUGGGGUCAUAGGCCUUAUGAUAAAAGUAUAUCUCCUACAGAGAAUAACUUUGUAUCAGUAUUAGCGCUAGGCGAAGCCGCACAUAAUUACCACCAUGUUUUUCCCUGGGAUUACAAAACCAGCGAGCUAGGUAGCUACACAUUCAACCUGACAACUGGUUUUAUCGAUACAUUUGCCCGUCUUGGAUGGGCAUAUGAUUGCAAAUACGCAUCACCACAGAUGAUACGCCGACGUGCCAAUCGUACGGGUGAUGGUAGCCAUACGGAUCCAAAUGUCUGGGGCUAUGGUGACGAAGACUUAACGAGCGAUGAUCUCAAAGACAUAGACACCAUGGGCUUUCAUAGUCAUUCAUCAUAAUUAUAGCAAUAAUUAUCAUUUAUUACGUACUUUUCAAAUAAAAAAAAAAUCGCUUAAAAAUACGGGGUAUUUACUAUUGUAAUUAAAUUUUUUUCCGUUCAACACUUGAAUCAAUUCUCAUUAACGUUUUUAAACCCGUAAGUAGGUAACGUCUUGGAUAUUAUAAAUUCAUGAUUGUAAAUUUAUUCAUUAAUGUUUUUUUUUGCUUUUUUACACUGUAUAUUAUUAUAUUAGUUAAUACAUGAUUUGAGUCGAGGAUACUUGAAGCCAAGCUUUUAGUGACCUAGGUUUUUCACUUCAUUAAAAAAUAUUUAUUUAUCGCAAUGUCAUCAAUAUUAUUAUUAACUAAAUGUAUUAAAAGUUGUAGUAUUUUUUUACUGAUAGUACACAAUACUUUCAAUUUAAUGUAUACCUGUUAUAAUUUUUUGAUUACUAAUGGCUGUUAUAGUAUUAAAAAAGUAAAUAUUUAUAUUAAUUUAAACACUCGACAGCAGUACUCAUUGAGUAAAAUCAAUUUAGCUGGAAAUAUUUAAACUUUAUUUUUACUGUUAAUUCCUCGAGUUAAUAUAUACAAAAAUAAUAGAUUGUGUUAUUUAUAAGUAAAUAUUAUUAAAUAAAUGAAAUGUUUAUUUAUAAAAAUAAAAUGUUAUAAGAUAAUUGACGUAUGUUUGUGACAAAAUUUUAUUUAAAUCAUAAUCACAAUAAUAUAUAAUAUAUAUUUAUUGUCAAGUUGUACUAUUUUUUUUUUGUUUUUAAAAAGCAUUCGAAAGGAAAUGACAAUGUUAAUUAAUUCUGAAGAGUACGAAUUUAAUCAAGUUUCAAAAGCGGGUCACAAGGGUUAAAUAGAGUAGCGAAGGUUUGUGAGGAAACAUUAUACGAAACUUAGCAGUCGUUAUUGAGCCGUUUCAAUAGUUAUUUUAUUCUUGUAAUUCAUUCAGGUAACAUUUAUGACUUGAAAACGUUGUGGAUCUGGUGUUACUCUAGUGGGAUAAUUAUUUUUUUUUUUUUUUGUUUAAGACUUAAAUAAAUCUUAGUUUAUAUAAAUAGUGUAGAAACAGUUUUAUUAAUUAAUAA